AUGGAGCCGGCCCGGGAGCCCCCGGCGCGGACCCGGCCGCCGCCCCCCGCAGCGCGUCCCCCACCCGCUGCACCCAGGCCGCGCUCUCCAGCAGAGGCGGAGGCCCGCGGCCCGGAGGGGCUGCUCCGGCGAUCUGGGUCGGGCUACGAGGGCAGCACCAGCUGGAAGGCGGCCUUGGAGGACACUACCACACGGCUGCUGCUGGGGGCCAUCGCAGUCCUUCUGUUUGCCAUCCUGGUGGUGAUGAGCAUCCUGGCUUCUAAGGGCUGCAUCAAGUGCGAGGCGCCCUGCCCAGAGGACUGGCUGCUCUACGGAAGGAAAUGCUACUUUUUCUCGGAGGAGCCUAGAGACUGGAACACGGGCAGGCAAUACUGCCACACUCAUGAGGCAGCCCUGGCAGUGAUCCAGAGCCAGAAGGAACUGGAAUUUAUGUUCAGGUUCACGAGGCGAGAGCCCUGGAUUGGCCUGCGCAGAGUAGGGGAUGAAUUCCACUGGGUCAAUGGGGAUCCGUUUGACCCGGACACAUUCACCAUCUCAGGCCUGGGGGAGUGCGUCUUUGUGGAGCCCACCAGGCUGGUAUCGACGGAGUGUUUAAUGACCCGGCCCUGGGUGUGUAGCAAGAUGGCCUACACGUGAGGUGGAUCAGGCCCAAGGUGGCCCCUCUGCCCAGUCCCAAGGACACAGCCUGCUUCUAACAGGAGCCACCCCUGUCUCCAAGCAGAAGUGGUGGGGAGGGUGGCCUCUGCCUCUGUCCCCUCUCAGGCUCCAGAGCUCUGAGGCCCUGGUUUCUGGUUACUUUUGUCCUCAGGCAGGUCCUGCGGCUCAGCAGUUAAAUCUUAAAUGCUAAGUAGCGUAGACAUCUUUUCCCCAUACAUACAUCACAUGCUUGUAAACACACAUACAACACCACCCAGGCUCUUCUUAACAGUUUCUUCUCCCCUGGCCCUGCUGGAACCUUCCUUCCUUACUGCAGCCCAGGUGCUUCUGGGAAGGUGGGGGGCUGACACAGGUUGGCCCAGCAGUCUGUCCUCUUCAGUUUCAGGUUGCUGGGGGAGGUAGGCAGACACAGCUUGCCCCUCACCUUGGAGAGAACAGCCCAGGGCCAGAGGCCCCUGUGUCCAUCUCCCUGGGGUCCUCAGGCAGGGCCCCUGCUGUGCCGUGGUGCUGUUGUAUUGGUCACUAAUGAAAUAAAGACAUGACUGCA